AUGGACGACAUUCGCAAAAACCUCCCCGUCUCCAUGAUCAUGGCCGCCUUUACCGGCAUCGCCUGGUACAUUGGAAUUGAGAUCAACGCCUCCCUCUUUCUGCUCUUCAAGCGUCGCCGUGGCCUCUAUUUCUGGUCAUGUGCCCUCACCUCUUGGGGUGUAAUACUCCAGCCCGUCUUCAUCAUUCUCGCCGACUUUGGCGUCUGGCGUGACCCUGUGCCCUCCAUCACCAUGAUUUACCUCACCUGGCUCAUCAUGGUCAUUCCUCAGAGCUGGGUCCUCUACUCCCGCCUGCAUCUGCUCAUGCACACCGACAGCGUUCUGCAAAUCAUCAAAUACGUCUUGAUUUUCAAUUCAAUUGUCUUUUCAAUACCGACAAUGGUCAUUGGCACCAUCGCUCAAGCAACCACCAUCAACCCUAACCUCGCCUCCUUCAACCUCGUCUGGGACCGCGUCCAGCUCGUCGUCUACUUUGUCCAGGAAACCGCCCUUAGCAUCCUCUACAUCUUCCAAACCCAGAAAUAUCUCAAAGGCCGCGCCCCCCUCCGCCAGCGCGCCUUUUCCACGCCCUCCACCAUCCACACCGGCGCACGCCAGACCAGUCAAGAGAGCGCCGUCCUCUGGCAGCUCAUCUGGGCCAAUAUCCUCAUCAUCGCCCUCGACGUCGCCCUCCUGGGCAUUCAGUGCGCCAACCUCUUUCACCUCCAGGGCGCCUUUAAGCCCUGCGUGUACGGCGUCAAGCUCAAGCUCGAGUUUGUCAUCCUCAACCGCCUCAUCAACACCGUCCGCCAGCCCACUAGCGACGUCUUUUACUCGGGCAGCGCUGGUGUCGGGGGCGGGCUCGGCGGCACAGGAGGAGGUGGUUUCGCGCCCGGCCUCGACGGUAGCGGCGGCAGUAGCAGCAAUCAUGGCCGCGUCAGCGCAGGCCGCCGUGGCAGCAGUCUCUGGCAAAAGACGGAGCCUGGCGAAGAUAUCAACGACGUGCAGCUCGUUCAGAGCCAUAGCCGCAGCGCCAACCGGGAACACAGCGUCGGAAGCGAAACCCCCAUCUACCGCGGGGCCGAACCUGUAUAA